AGAUGAGCUUGACUUGUGGGCGAGCCCUCAAAGCGGAUUUGAGAGGCAAGGGUAGCAUUCUCAAAUUCAGAAACUAUCGCCUUGUACAUAUCAAAGCUGGCUUCUGUGUAACCGCUGUUUUGCGUUUGGUUUUAUCGAUGGUCGAUUCCCACUAGAUCAGGGGUAGUCGUGUCCUGCAUAAGCCGGAUCGGGAAAGCGAUGGGGUGAAUUUUUAGGUGAAAAAUUUUGACGCAAGCCAUACACAUCUACGAUGAAGUACAUCCACCUUCCCACCUCUUUUCGCCCACCAAGAUGUCCAGCGAAAACGCCCCAGCCCCAGCGGCCUCCUUGGUUCCGGUGCAGCCGACCCCGCUCAGUUCCAAAGACAAGGCCACCAAGAGAUUGAUCGUAGUUCUAUCCCAUGCCUGCUUAGAGACCCACAAGAUGUCCUCUGGCGGUGCCGGAGGCGAUAAAUAUGCCUUGUUGAACUGCGAUGACCACCAGGGGUUGUUGAGAAAGAUGAACAGAGACAUAUCCGAGGCCAGACCCGAUAUCACACACCAGUGCUUGUUGACUUUGUUAGACUCCCCGAUCAACAAGGCCGGCAAGUUGCAGGUCUACAUCCAGACCGCCAGAGGCGUUUUGAUCGAGGUCAAUCCAUCCGUUAGAAUUCCAAGAACCUUCAAGAGAUUUUCCGGUUUGAUGGUCCAGUUGUUGCACAAGUUGUCCAUCCGCUCCGUCAACUCUGAGGAAAAGUUGUUGAAAGUCAUUAAGAACCCCAUCACCGACCAUUUACCAUUGAAGUGCCGCAAGAUUACAUUGUCCUUCGAUGCGCCUGUCAGACGCGUCCAGGACUACGUCGAGACUUUGGAUGAGGACGAAAGCAUCUGUGUGUUUGUUGGGUCCAUGGCCAGAGGCCCAGAUAACUUUGCUGAUGAGUUUGUCGACGAGAAGAUCGGGCUCUCCAACUACCCGUUGUCCGCCUCCGUUGCCUGCUCCAAGUUCUGUCACGGCUGUGAGGAUGUCUGGGGUAUCUACUGAGUAGCCUAGAUCUAAUAUUCUCUUCCGCUCAGCUGCUUGAAGACUGGGCCUUGUAAAAUACAUGUUUAUCUUCACUGUUG